GGGGGGAACUUGGAGUUGGUCCUGCCGACCUGAAUCGGGGUGACUUCACCACUUAUUAGCAGGGCAGCUCUGCUGUGGACCCUGCACGCAUCACUCAUUUCUUUUCCCAGGGUGCCAUAUAUUAAUAGGGACAAUAAUUCCUAUCCAGUAGGGUUUUUGUGUGAGUUAAGUAAUGUCUCCUGCAGUAGCUGGUGCAGAGUAAACAAUCAGUAAAUGGGAAUUGUUAAGUGUGAUUGACAGGCCUUGGCUUCCGGAGGUUUAUAGUCCCCAAACUAGGGAUUAAACAAGUGGGAUAAAAUACAGGCAGAGGUACAAAGUAUAUUUGAAAAACUGGAAAGAUUCUAAAUGGGAGGUGCUUGGGAAGGUUAUGCAAAUAGUGAGGUUUGCCUGUGGCUUUGAAGAAUAGAUGGAAUUCCAGGGAGCUGUUCACUGGGACAGUGUAGACUGGUUCCAUUGCAUGCCUCAGAAGUGGUUCUCCCACAUGGCUCAUUGUGAGAGGGCUGCUCUUAGGACUUCUACAUAGUGAAAGAAGGCACACUGACAUAAGUAGUUUUUGAAGGCUAGAUAGACCAUUAGUCUGUAGUAGUUUCUGUCUAACUAUGUUUGACUCUAAUGGUCUUCUUUUCCGGUUCCACUGGAGACUGGCUAAGUUGGAGCACCCAGGAAAGGAUCUUAGCUGAUCGCAUAGUAAAAGUGAAUUGCCAUAGAUGUAACUGAGCCCCUAGGCAGCCAUGUUACAUUUGCUAUGCAAUGUGCAGAGGGAGACCGGGAAUGCCAUUGUUUUGCAGUUUCUAAAAGUUUCAAGGCAAAAAGUGAGGUGUCAAUGGGAGCAAUGGAAGGUCACAAGGCAGAAGAAGAGGUGUUAGAUAUCCUCCUGCUGAAUGUGGGCGGCUCUGUUUUCACGGCAAGGUGUGAGUCCUUGUGUCGCUUUAAGGACUCCAUGCUGGCAUCCAUGUUCAGUGGUCAUUUUCCUCUGAAAACAGAUGAAUCAGCUGACAGCCCAGAGGGUGGGUGCUGAUUCCACUAGCAGCUGCAGCUGAAAAGCAAAGUCCGGAAAUGUCAGAUAUCCUCCGGGAGCUGCUCUGUGUCUCUGAGAAAGCUGCCAACAUCGCCAGGGCAUGCAGGCAGCAGGAAGCUCUCUUCCAGCUGCUGAUAGAAGAAAAGAAAGAUGGGGAAAGGAAUAAGAAGUUUGCAGUUGAUUUCAAGACCCUGGCUGAUGUACUGGUACAGGAAGUUAUUAAACAGAGUAUGGAGAACAAGUUUCCAGGCUUGGGAAAAAAAAUUUUUGGAGAAGAAUCCAAUGAGUUUACUAAUGAUUUGGGGGAAAAGAUUAUCUUGAGACUGUGUCCAAGAGAGGAGGAAACAGCAGAGCUUCUGAGCAAAGUCCUUAAUGGUAACAAGUUGGCUUCUGAAGCAUUAGCCAAGGUUGUUCAUCAGGAUGUCACCUUUACUGACCCGACUCUGGAUUUGAUCAAGAUCAACAUUCCGCAGGAUGUUUUAGGAAUUUGGGUGGAUCCUAUAGAUUCAACUUACCAGUAUAUAAAAGGUUCUGCUGACAUUAAAUCCAACCGCGGAAUCUUCCCCAGUGGACUUCAAUGUGUGACCAUUUUAAUUGGUGUCUAUGACAUACAGACAGGGGUGCCCCUGAUGGGAGUCAUCAACCAGCCUUUUGUAUCACAAGACCUAAGCACCCUCAGGUGGAAAGGACAGUGCUACUGGGGCCUUUCUUACCUGGGGACCAAUAUCCACUCACUCCAGCCUCCCAUCUCCAAACAAAACAGUGCAAUGCAAAGCCAGCUGACUGACGACACCAGCUCAGAGCUGGAAUUCUCCCACCGGUUUUCCGCCGUCAUUAGCACAAGUGAAAAGGAGCCCAUCAGAGCCGCGCUGUCACGUGUGUGCGGACGGCGCAUAUUCCGGGCAGCCGGGGCUGGGUACAAGAGCCUUUGUGUUGUUCAAGGCCUUGUUGACUUUUACAUCUUUUCAGAAGAUACCACAUUCAAGUGGGACUCUUGCGCUGGCCAUGCCAUACUCAGGGCCAUGGGCGGGGGCAUGAUAGACUUAAAAGAAUGCUUGGAAAGAAAUCCAUUCACUGGGCUUGAUUUGCCGCAGUUGGUGUAUCACGUGGAAAACGAAGGCGCUGCUGGCGUGGAUCGGUGGGCCAACAAGGGCGGACUAAUUGCAUACAGAUCGAGGAAGCAGCUGGAGACGUUCCUGAGCCUCCUUAUACAACACCUUGCACCUGUGGAUACACGUACAUAGAGGAGCUCUGUCCUCGUACCUGUAAACCAAACUGAAACCAUGUCCCACAUCUCUAUCUUUUAAAGAUAGCUUUGUCCUAUUGACGGUUAACAUUCACCUUCCUCUUUUGAGGAGCAUUUUUCCAUUAUGUGUUCAUAAUAAUGUUACUUUCAAUAAAUGACAUUCAUGCAGCAAUUAAA